ACAUAGAAUGUAGCUGCACCUUUCCAUCUCUUUCUGCAUCCUCUUUCUACCACGAAAUUCACGGCACUAUGGGAGAAGUCCAAAAGGGUUUGUUUUCAGUCAUUGAGAAGUUAAAGGGCACUACAGAGCAAGAGCUUCGGAUAGUCCUUCUCGGUCUGGAUAAUGCUGGAAAAACCACUUUGUUAAAACAACUUGCCUCCGAAGAUGUGAACACCAUCACCCCGACUCAGGGUUUCAACAUUAAAAGUGUGACCUGUGAUAGCAUGAAGCUGAAUGUGUGGGACAUUGGAGGACAGAGGAAGAUUCGACCAUUCUGGAAAAAGUACCUGGAGAACACAGAUUUAUUGAUCUACGUGAUUGACAGUGCAGACAAGAAGAGAUUUGAGGAAACAGGACUGGAGCUGUCGGAGCUCACCGAUGAGGACAACCUGAGGGGUGUGCCAUUGCUCAUCUUUGCCAAUAAACAGGACCUGGCCACAGCUUCCCCUGCCAGUGAGAUCGCAGAGGGCCUCAACCUGCACACAUACCGGGACAGAGAGUGGCAGAUCCAGGCCUGUUCUGCCGUAUCUGGGGAAGGUGUACAGGAUGGCAUGAACUGGAUCAGCAACAAUAUUGUAAAUAAGAAGAAAUGAAUCUGCUUUCUCCCAAGUGUUAUUUUGUACAAUUGCUCUAAUACUUCUGUUAAUGUAAACCACAUAUAAAAUAUU